UCACGGGAACUAUUUGAAACAAAUGUGGACGAACGUACCGAAGCAAGAGAAAGGUAGAAAUAGUAAGUGAGAGAGAGAGAGAGGUUAAUUCGCUGACAGAAAAGAGUCAGAGAACGAAGGCAAGACGUAGAGGAAAAGAGAAGGCAUUCAGUGCUGAAGCUUUAUCUUUAUUAUGCGCCGCUGAGUGAAUUGUCAAGUGAAAUCAGAAAUGGCUGCCAACGAGCAACAACGCAAGGAACCACGUGAAUUAAGAGAACCAGCCCACCAUGCAAGAAGACCAAUGAAUGCAUUUCUUAUUUUUUGUAAACGACACCGUGGUUCAGUGCGAUCUGGUUUCCCACAUUUAGAAAAUCGAGCUGUCACAAGGGUACUUGGGGAAUGGUGGGCCACCCUUCAUCCAGAUCAGAAACGUUCAUAUACAAAUCUAGCACAGGAGUACAAAGAUGCAUUCUUAAAUGCAAAUCCUGAUUUCAAAUGGUACAAAUUACCAGCACCCCCUUUACGUACUUUAAAUACAAGGCCUACAAAUAAAAAGGCAGAAACAAGUUCUGGUGAACAACCAGUAGAAAAUGAGAACAAGUCUUCCAAUUAUUCAAAAUCUGACAAAAAAGAUGGACAAUCAAUACAACCAGGCAAGUUAGCUGAUGAAUCCCAAAUUGGUGGACUCAGUUCUUUAUUUACACCUCAAAAAACACAAACAGCAGAUGAGGAAGUGACUAUUAAUGGUUCUGUGAUUGAAAAUGAUACAGAAGUUCCAAAACCUCCUAAGAAAAGAUAUUUAGAUGUACCUUUUUCACCUGAUCUUAAGAGAGAGUGUAAAGCAGAUCUUUUUGAUGCAAAAAAAAGGAAAAAAUCUGAAUCAAACAAUAAUGAACAUGAAUAUAAUGAUGAAGAUGAGAAAACAGAAGUAAAUAAUUUUUUAACUGCAAAUAUGCCAUUAGAGGAAAGUAAUUUUAGAAGUGAACGAACAUGCAAAGGUCUACGUUACCAAAAGUUCCUUGCUGAACAAAUGAAAAAUGUUGGUGCAUCUGGACAACAACCUAAGCGAAGAAGACAAACUGGAAAUCGUAGCUUUGAUGGACAAGCAAGUGAAAGACGAAAUUCCAUUUCUUCGAAUGUCAGUGAAAAAACAGAUUCUUUGAGUAGUGAAGGUGGAAAUAGUUCUCGUAGUGAACUAGAACACCUUGCUGAAAGUGCUGAAGGAAAUAUAGAAGCAUCAAAACCAGAAGAAACAGAAACUGAAGAUGCAGAAGGGCAAGUAGAUUUUGGACCUUGGACUGCACGAAAAAGGUUUAGAGCUGAGGACUUUAAUUUAGAAAAGAAAAUUGAGGCAUUGCCAUCUUUAAGUUUAGAAGAAUUUCAGGAAAAGAAGAAGCAACAACGUACGAAAAAGAAAAAAGUUGUUCAAAAAUUAACGUCACCUUCGAAUAAUAAAAGACAUCAGAAUAAUUUUAAUACCAAUGGUCAAGAAAAUAGUCAAAACAACCGUAAACUACCGCAAACAGAACAUGAAAAUUCAGAAGAUGCUGAAAAACUUCUUGUUGGUAGUCAAAAAAGAAAAGCACGAAAACAAAGCAUUACACGUAAUGUAGCAGCUGUAAAUGGUUCUAAACAUCAUCUUACUUCAUGGUGUGCGACGCCGGAUUUAGAAGCACUGGCAUGUCUUGCAGCAGUUGCCGCCAACAGAACAAAGCUUACCAAAAAUAAUACAUAA